GCCUGGAGGCGUGGAGUCUGGGGCGGAGCCUUAGCAGGGGUUGGGCAGGUCCGCCUGGACCGACGUGGCGCAGCGGCCUGGCUGCUGCCCUCCAUCUGGCGAUUUGUCUCCUGCGGGACGCGGACCUCGGCCCGAUGCGCCUCCCGCUGCCCCCUCCACCGCUACUGCUCCUUCUCGCGGCGUCUGCGAGCCUCGCCGCCGCCACCGCCACCUUUCAGCCGGACUGGAACCGUCUGCGCGGCCUGGCCCGGGCCCGGGUAGAGACCUGCGGAGGAUGACAGCUGAACCGCAUGAAGGAGGUGAAGGCCUUUGUCACCAAGGACAUUCCAUUGUACCACAACCUGGUGAUGAAACACCUCCCAGGGGCCGACCCUGAACUGGUCCUGCUGGGACAACGCUAUGAGGAGCUAGAGAGAGGCAGAGCUGAUCCAGGGUCUUCGUAA